UUGACGGUGAACAGCCCCGAGAAACCAUGGUAACGGACAGUGUCCAUGACGUCAGAGCAAGAUGGCGGCGCCCAUGGAGCCGGGUGGAGGCUCGGGCCCGGCCCCGGCCUGGGAGCAGGCCCCGGUCUUUGUUUACUCGGAGGAAGAUCUGAUCCGGGCUGGGGUCCGCCGGGGCGGCUCGGGCUCCCGCUUCGACACGGCUCUGCUCUCGGCCUGGGAGGAGCGGCUGUCCGCCGGCUGCUUCCGUUACCGCCUGCCGCGCCGGGGCCUCCCGAGCCGCGUCCUGCCGGGGCCCCGGGGCCUGGUGGUGCAGUUGAACCCCGAGCGGGCCCGCGAGCGGCGGCCGCCGCAGGAGAUCCUCAGCCUCCGGCAGCCCUUCGACCCGCAGCGGUUCAACUUCACCCGCAUCCCGGCCCAGGAGGUGCUGUUCCGCCUCCGGAGGCGGGGUCUGGGAGAGGCCGGGGAUGUGGAUGAGGCCGAGGCCGAGGCCUUGCUGGUCAUUAACGUCAGUCCGUUAGAGUGGGGCCACGUCCUGCUGCUGCCUGAACCGUCCCGCCGCCUCCCGCAGCUCCUCACCCGGGAAUCGGUGCUCCGGGCCCUGGAGCUUCUCUUCCUGAGCUCGGAUCCCGGUUUCCGCGUCGGCUUCAACAGCCUGGGCGCCGAGGCCUCGGUCAACCACCUCCACCUUCACGGUUACUACCUGGGCCAGCGCCUGGAGCUGGAGUGGGCGGCCACCCGGCCUCUGCUGGAGUCCGGGGCACUGGCCUCGGCCCACUUCCUCCCCGUCCACCUGCUGUCCGAGCACCCGGCCCGCGGCCUGGUCCUCUACACGGACGGCGGUGAUGGAGGCCUGGCCCGGGCUGCCCACACCCUCCACGCCCUGACUGGCCUCCUCAUCCGCCGUUCCCUCGCCCACAACCUCUUUCUGACCCGGGGCUGCCCGCUCGGCUCUCCGGCGCCUGGCCAAGCCUCUUCUGUGGACCGGGACGGCGCCCGGAUCGUCCUGUGGCCACGCCGCAGCUGCUUCGGGGCCAAGGACCCUACGGCCUUCACCGUGGCUCUGUGCGAGCUGGCCGGCCACUGGCCCCUCAAAACCCCGCAGGAGUACAGCAGCCUGACCGAGGAGCAGGCGUUGGGAAUGGUCCGCCGAUACUCACUGCCCGAGCAGGAAUACUCCCAGCUCCUCUCGGAGAUAAUACAACUUCUCCAGGGUGACCAACAUGAGCAGCGAUAGGCCAUUCAACCCCUUGCACCUGCUCCUAACCCCAAAGAUCCAGUUAAAGCCUCAACUCUCAUUUGCUAACUCUGUUUUUGUCACAAUGACGAAGUACUGAUAUGUGAUAUUAUGUCUGAACUAGUGUUCCAGAGACUCAAUUUUCUGGAUACAUGGAUGUGAAUCGCACUGCAGCAAAUUUACAAUUUAAAGAUUCAGGAAUAAAAAGGCUAGAUUACUAACAACCAUGCAACUAGGAGAGAGUGAGGACUGCACAUGCUAGAGAGUCCGAGUCGAAAGGUGUGAUGCUGGAAAAGCAGAGCAGGUCGGGCACCAUACGAGGAGCAAGAGAGUUGAUAUUUCAGGCGUAAGCCCUUCGACGUGCAAUUGCUUGAUUAUUCUAAAAACCCAGCUUAUUCUCUCAUGCCCUUUAGGGAGGGAGCCUCUGCCAUCUUUACCUCCCCUAGUCUGCACUUGAUCCUAGACCCAUGCAAUGUGCUUAACUCUUAAUUGUUUGUGGAAAAGAUGCCCACUUUCUAGGAACAAGUACAUUUGCAUACCAUUCAAUGCAAUAAAAGCAGAGCUAACCCAGUUUCUGCUAUUAACCCCUGUUAUCACAUGUACUUGUCCGUACUCUACUAUCAUGAACAAUCUCUUUGCCUUUGUUUUAUGGCAGCUGUUUGAUUUUCUGCUCCUCCCCCCCCCCCUUUUUCAGCAGCAUAUAAAAUCCUAUCUGACUCAAAAGUGAACUCUUUCUCUGUCCACAGAAGUUGGUAGCUACUUCCAGUCAUCAAGAUGUACAGCAUUCGGUCCAACCUGUCCAUG